UUGUGUUUUCUUGUGUUACGGACCAUAUAGUUAGAUGUUCGUUUCCUUGUGAAAUAUCUGAUCGAAACAUUUUGUUAUUGUUUUUGUAUUUUUCUAUCUGACAGUUUGCUUGCGCCGCACAUGUGUAUGUGCUUUUUUUUUCACAUUUUGCCUUUGCAUUUGUUUUUUCUUUUUUGCUUGAGGUUUUUGUUUUUGUUGUGCGGGCGUUGAAAGCGCCAUACAUGUGCUCCGCCGAUUUCGCUGCCCCAAAAGAACACCAGUCGAAUUUAAUUUUUGUCGGUGUAUUAACGUGUGAACGGAAUGUUUAUGUGCGAUUUUGGUGUUUUUUUCUAUACUUUCUUAAUUAAAAUUGUGAUUAAAAUACGCUAGAAAUGUCAGUGCAAGUGUUUACCAACUAAAUUAUAAUACCUCUGCCAAGCGUGGUGUUUUAAAUAUUACUAAAAUAAUUGAUAUUUGUUGAACUUUGCAAGUGAAAUCGUGCACUGCCGACACCCAACAACAAAAACAUUGCGAACUCUAUUAAGUGCAGUGAGAGAGACCAAACUCAAUGCUACACAAAUCUCUCAAGAAUGGAGUAUAUGCAAUAUAAAUAGCAACAACACACUUAUAAAAAUGCACGCACAGAAAGAUAUGUACAUAUGUGUAAAUCGCAAAAUACAUAAACGCUAUAUAAAUAAAUAAAUAAAUAUAAACGAAGCGCUUUUAUGCUUUUACAUUAACGCUCUCUAGCGCUCGCAUUGCCAUUGACAACGAGUAUAAUCGUACAGGAAACUUUUCGCGGGCAAGAACUUCCAAUCAACUUGGGACUGCUGGGCCGCUUUCGCUUAAUUCUGUAUAUACCGUAAAAGUUUGGAGCGAAAACAUGGAGAAAAAGUACGCCAAGGGGAAGGAUGGUUGGAAAAGCAUGCAAAGUUGAAUAUGUAUGUAUAUUUGUGCAUAUUAUAUACUAAAUAUAAAUGUGUUUAUAUAUUUUGUAAUCGUGAGAGCGCCAUACUAUGCAGCGUAGUAGGCGCAGUGGCGGUCUCGUUGUCUCGAGGAUGUGCUAAGCAUGGCAAAAAGCAUAGCAGCAAGUGCGGAAAAGCGCACUUGAAAGCAGCCAGUCAUCACGCUAAGGGGUUGGUGGUGGUGCGGCGAACGUUGCAUGGGAUUCUAAUUUUAAAGCUGCAGCUAAAAAGCAGAAGAAAUUACACAUCCAGUAAACAAAGAACUCCGGACAUGAUCGGUUGAUCGCGGUGAUGGCACAGACGUUUCGUUUUCGCAACCGUUGCACUCACUUGCUGGCCAUACACAUAUUGUGGACUGAGAGUUAAGCUGCCACAUUGACAAGUCAUCGUCGUCAUCGUCGCCGUCGUUCGCAGCAUAAACUUCAAGGUGAACAGCAACAAAAACACUGAAAGCGCACUUGAAGAGUAGAGGCAAAGGACGAAGAACGUCAACGCACUCCGGCGCACCAAAAAGUCGCUCAUUGGUGGUGGUCUACGGCAGCAUAUGUUGCAGAAACUACAACAAAGCAUAAACAGGCGAAGACGAAGAAGAAGCAGAGGAUUUGAAUGAAAGAACGAGCUGUGGCAAUUGUGUGCGCAUCAAGGGUCGUGCAACAGCCAAACAAAAACAAUAUACCUAUUUAAAGACUCAAGUAUACGAUUGCAUACGAUUACAUAAAGACUAACAACAAUAACAACAGCAAUCAGCACAGACGAUGGCUAAGACACGAAUAAAAACAACACCAACGCGCUUGCAGAAGGAUGCGUUAAUGGCAUCAGCCGGCACCGUCACUGCCGCCGCAGCCAUAACAAAGCCAGUGGUAACGACGUACCACACUGCUGCACCGCCAGAUGAUGUCAAGAAACGCCUACGUAACUCAGCGCCCCUGCCCAAGCCAAUGCAAAGCGGUACCUCGACGAUCAUUGUUACAGCACCGAAACGUACAAAUUCCAUUUCAUCUAUCGCCUCAUCAAUUUCGCAGAUCAGCGAUGCACACUCCGACACCGAAUCACCUCCACCACCCUCCGUGGCAUCCACCACAACAACAAAAUCAACAAAGUCUGUACUCACUGCAAUCGCUUCCGCACAAGCGCCGCGCACACUCAACAGUUUGCUAUGCAAACCCACGCCCACGCCCACGCACUCAGCGCCGCGCAAUCGCAAAGUAUUUAUGAUAACCGAAAAGUCCGAUGAACCCCACGGUGCCGAAACGUCCACCACAGCGCUGGCUGGAGCGACGGCCGGGCAAAAACGGAAGAUGUACUUGAUUAUGGAGGAGAAUAGUUGCGCCGAGGAUGGUGAGGAGGACGAAGGUGACGAUGCUUUAACAAAAGAUGCACAUAAGUAUUUAAAACGAGAAAAUGGUCUGAUUGUAGGUGCUAGCGGUUCGAAAAAGUUAACGCUCUUUGCAGACAAAGCGGACAGCGGCACGCUGACAGAAAAGUUCGAAAAGAUAUUGCCGGAAAUACUGAAUCGCAUACAGGCUAAAGAUACAAAUGCCGGCGGUGCUGGAUCGGCAUUGGCGGCAUUAACGCCGUUGUCGACGCCGACGCCGACAGUGACCUCGAAACUACUGAACGGCAGCACCAAUUUGAAUAUCAUUAAGUCUGAACCAAUACAGCAGCAACAACAGCAACAGUCGCAUUUUCAACUCAAACCAGAGCACAACAACAAAACGGCGACUGAUGCGAGCAAUGAAAGACUACCAAUUACACUGCCACCAAAAAAGAAUCGUACAAAAAUCAUUACAACACACCUACAAAACUCAGCCUACAAUGGCGCACAUUUCAGUGACAAUGCAAAUAGCGUUUGGUGCAACUACAACAAUAACAGCUGCAGCAGUAGCAGCAACAACAAUAACAACAGCAGUGAAAAAAUUGGCGCACAGUGUCAUAUUAAGCAGAUCUCUGCCGCGACGCCGGUAAUAGUGUCGGCGGUCACGAUGAAUGCCCGCCACAACAACAACAACAAUAACAGUCUUGUUGAAAACAUAACAAGUGAGAUUAAACGCUUCACGCCCAAGCCGGACAACAACAUUAACACAACAAACAACAACACGAAUAUUAGAUAUGCAAGCAAUUGUAACGGUCAAGCCGUCACAACCAUGGCACAAGUGGAAUUGGUGCCGCAGAAGAACAUUAACCUCUCCACCGAUUUUCACUUCCUCAUCAAAAUGUUGCCGAAACUGGAAAGCAUACCCGAACCACACAAGAACAAUGUGAAGAAUUGCAUCGAGAAGAUAAUCACACAAAACGCGAACAUAUUUGCCAAACAGUAGCAGUCGUACUUCGAAAAAUCGAAAAUCGUCGUUUUCGAAAAAUUGCAGCAUUUUAUGAAGUGAACAUAUUCAUCUAGUUAGUUAAUAGCAUUUACAUAUAAGCAAAGUAAAAUAAUAUUAUAUUCUCAUUUUUCGCUGAAACUUUUCAAUUAAUUUAAAGUAAGCCAGCGCACUUUUCCAAAAGUCAACGCCUUUUUUACCUACGAAUGUUGGGCAUUCGUUAAAAUUUUGUAGUUUUCGAAAAACCAUAGUUUGUAAGACUUUUGCAUAAGUAUUUAAAGUGUAUUCUAAUUAAGUUUUUCACAUUAAAUGCUGUUAUACAUACAUACUAACAUAUUUUUAGAUAUGUGCAUUUUUGUUUUUCAAAAACAUAGACUGACGGCGGUAAGGCUGCAAAUUAUAUUUAGCUAAGUAUAUACUUCAAGUAAAUUUAAUGCGAAAAUUAAAAAAAAAAACAUGUAUUACAUACACAUAUACAUAUUGUGAAAUGCAUAUACUUAAGUUGAAAUUAAAUUUCUCGAAAUACAUACAAACAUACAUAUAUGAGUAUUUAAAUAACUGUAAGUGAACGAAUAAUUCUAUUUUCUUAAUUGGUAACUUAAAUACAUACAUACAUAUGAAUAAAUUACAACAAAAAGUCUGA